GUCAGAUCAGAACGACACCUUCAAAAUGUGUAAACCUAACCAAACGUUCCCUUGAAAAAGCAAACCAAAUUUCCUGAAAAAAUCUCUCUUCUUUCAACUCAUCUCGCUUUUCACUUGCAGAAUCUCUCUCUAUCUCUUUGAGCAAAUGCUUACUUUAAAUCUAAUAUCAUCCUCUCCUGUCACUUUCUCCAAAUCCAACCCCAUUAAUGCUUCUUCACUUUUUAUCAGAACUCAAAACCAUAAGUACUUAAUCUCCCCUUCUUCUCUUCUCAACAAACCCACCUCUCCUAAUUUUACCAAAAUCCAUGGAUACCCACUUGGGCUCACUCCUCUGAUUCAGGAUUCAAGCGCCAAAAACGAAUACCCUUUUGGGAUUUCUUCAAAAAACAGAUCUUUGAUUGCUAAAGCAGCACCUGCUGAAUCAAACCCAGAAGGAGAUGGAGAAACAAAGCCCAACAAGACUCUCAAACUUGCACUUGUGUUUGGUUUCUGGUACUUUCAGAACAUUGUUUUUAAUAUCUACAACAAGAAGGUAUUAAAUGUCUUCCCUUUUCCUUGGCUUUUGGCAUCCUUUCAGUUAUUUGCUGGCUCUGUUUGGAUGCUUGUUUUAUGGUCUUUAAAGUUGCAACCUUGCCCGAAAAUUACCAAACCAUUUAUUGUUGCGCUUCUUGGACCUGCAUUGUUUCACACUAUUGGUCACAUUUCAGCUUGUGUAUCUUUUUCUAAGGUGGCUGUGUCUUUCACCCAUGUUAUCAAAUCAGCUGAGCCUGUUUUCUCUGUUAUUUUCUCAUCCUUUCUUGGUGAUACUUACCCUUUAAAGGUUUGGCUUUCCAUUCUUCCAAUUGUUUUUGGUUGCUCUCUUGCUGCUGUCACUGAAGUUUCCUUCAAUUUUGGUGGUUUGUGGGGUGCUAUGAUUAGUAAUGUUGGUUUUGUUUUGAGGAAUAUUUUUUCUAAGAAAAGUUUGCAGAAUUUCAAGGAAGUGGAUGGAUUGAAUCUGUAUGGUUGGAUUAGCAUAAUCUCUCUGUUUUAUUUGUUUCCGGUUGCGAUUUUCGUGGAAGGUUGUCAAUGGAUUCCAGGUUAUUAUAAAGCAAUUGAAGCUGUUGCCAAACCAUCUACAUUUUAUAUAUGGGUGUUGCUUUCUGGAAUUUUUUACCAUCUAUAUAACCAAUCGUCUUACCAGGCACUUGAUGAUAUCAGUCCAUUGACCUUUUCCGUUGGAAAUACUAUGAAGAGAGUGGUGGUUAUUGUGGCAACUGUUUUGGUUUUCAGGAAUCCUGUCAGGCCUUUGAAUGCCCUUGGAUCUGCCAUUGCGAUAUUAGGAACUUUCUUGUAUUCACAGGCUACAGCUAAGAAGAAAGUUGAAGGGUCUGUUAAAUAGUUAAAGUGGAAGAGUCUGUGGGACUGUGAAGUACAGGAAAGAAAAUAUAUGUUUUACAGUGAUUUUGGGUUUGAAGCUACACCUCUGGCUAAUCGCAAACCCGGGGCCAUAUUGGGAUGAAGUGUAAUUGCCUGCAGGGAAACCGCAAACAACCGCAAACAACACCACAAAUGGUCGGGGGGGUUUCCCAGGGUUGGUGGGGAGAACCCUCUUAUGCUCAAGUCUACGCGAGAGAAUGUGAUAUAAUAUGACAUAUGCCCUAGCAAUUGUGUUUAAGAAUAUUCCUAUGGUUUUUACUAGAGAUGAUGAAGAAAUGAGAAGUUCAAAACUCAUUUCAUUAUUUCAAUAUGAGUUGUGGUUUACUUAUGGCACACAUGUUUUACUUUUGAUGUAGGAAUUGAAUUAAUUAUAAAGUUAA